AUGGCAGCAAGGAAUGAGAUGAAGCUGGAAAAACUAAUUGAUGAAGCUACAAGGAAAAAAGAUUUCCAGUUAUUAGAACACUUUCUUCAAACAAAAGACUGUGAGAAUCUUUCUCAUAAAUGCAGCAAACAGUUUGUCAACAAAUUAGACAAGCUUCUGUGUCGGGAACUUGACAAACAAGAGAUCAAAAACAUUUCAACUUUACUAAGUUCUUUUCAGAAAUGUGGGGAAAAAAUCAGCAUAGCAGGCGAAGAUGGUCUCCCAGCAAUGAUGAAAUAUGGUCUUGUUGAAAGGAUGGUCAAAUGGUUUGAAAAGGUGAAAGCGGUUUUGAUCCUCAGAGGAAAUGAAAAAAAUGAAUUGCUAACAAGUUUAGCUGAAGAUUUCUUCGACGUGUUGCUGGUUAUAUAUGAUACUGGUCCUGAAGGUAAAAUGCAAAUACUGGAGAACUUUGUACUGAGAGCAUGUACUCUCAUUGCUGAUGGAAGAAUUAAUAUUUAUGUUCAGCAGUAGAUAGUAAGAAAACUAAAUUUAAUGCUGGACAACAUGCCUCGAGAUGCCAGGAAAAAGAUAUUUUCUGCAAAGGAAAUGUUACUUGUCAUGAGUGAUAUGGGAAAAAGAAUUUUAGAUGCUGGAGACUAUGACCUGCAAGUAGCCAUUACGGAAGCUCUGUGCAGAAUGACAUCGGAAAAACAAAGAGCAGACUUGGCAUGUCAGUGGUUUUCCAUGGAGUUUGUGUCCAAUGCCUUUAAAGGAAUUAAAGAUUCUGAGUUUGAAACAGACUGUAGAAAAUUUCUUAACCAGGUGAAUGGAAUGCUUGGGGAUAACAGAAGGGUUUUUACAUAUCCAUGUUUAUCAGCAAGUCUUGAUAAAUAUGAGCUACAGAUACCUUUGGAUGAAAAUCUUGAAGAAUUUUGGAUUGAUUUUAACAUUGGUAGUAGAAGUAUAUCUUUCUAUGUGGCAGCAGAUGAUGCUGCACAACAAUGGGAAACAGUCAUUAUACCAGAAGAAGAGGUAGAACAGUACAACCUUGAAGAAAAAGACUCAAAGAAAUUAUUAACCAUCAGUCUAAAAAGCCCGAUGAGUGUGGGUGAUCAAGGAGGAGAUAAAUUUUUUUUGUAUUUUGAUUCUAUAUUGGAAAUCAAAGAUGUAACCAGAAAGAUUUACGGAGAACAUAAAUUUAAGGUUCUAAUACCAGAAAGUCAAUUGUCACCAUGUUUGGGAGAAAAAGCUAGAGUAGAAGAGAAAUCCAAUGAGUCCAAAACCCAGAAACUUCCUGGAACUGUGAGGAAUUAGGUUUUUGUAUCUGAAUGUGUGACUCUGAAUAAAAACAGCACUGAAGACGUAUAUAAAGAUGUUUCCUCCAAGAUAAACACAUCUUGUAAAAGGAAAGUGUCUGAAGCAUCAGUGAUUAUUCCUGGAACUGCAACAUUUCCUAUAAGGAGUCCACUCGUAUUUGUUAGUUCCUCCACUCCCUGUAAAGCACGACUCAAAUUACCUUUGCAGUUGAUGAGCUCUGCUGAAAGAACUAAUGCUAUAAAUGAGACCAGAACAAAGAGUUUAUAUCAAGAAGUUACUGGAGGUAGACAGAAGUGUGCACUAGACAGUGAAUUUUGUGAAAGCCAACAGAGUUUCACAAGGAAGUCAAAAACCCGAAAUGAGGCAAAACUAUCUGAAAAGCAAAUAUGUGCUGAAGAAGUUUUAAAAAUGUUACAUGAGCCAGAACACGAGGACAAUCAAAAGCCAACUUCAGAUGAGAUAUUGGAUGUUGUUCCUGAUUCUCAGCCAGUAGGAAGAUGCAACAAAACUCUGUUGCCUGGUCUUUUGGAAAACUCUUUUGAUAAAAUAAAAACAUGGAAAAAACGAACGUGCUCUGUUCCUGAGACCGAUAUAAUGACUUGGGACAAACAAAAGCUAAAUCCAACAUCAGGGAAUAUAUCCCAUCCAGGUUAUGUUCUUUCUAUUCUUAGUGAAAGAGCUGUGAAAUAAAAAGCUUCUUACUCAAUUUUUGGAAGUAGCUUUCCAGAAAAACAGCAUAUAGGAAAAAGAAGAAAAAAAGGAAAUUGACACAAUGAGGGCAAAAAAUUGAAAAUACUGAGUGGACAGUCAAACAGUAUUAAUCAUGUUGAACAGAAAAUGUUAAGUACAGAAGGAAUUAAUAUUUUGACUACUGUUGAAACAUAAUUUAAAACAUUCCUUUCAGCUAGAGUGUCUGAAACAUCGUUGAAUUCUGAUUUUACAAAAUACAAGAAUGCAAAAGAGGAAGCUGAUACUUCCAUUAGAAAGCAGACUGCAAAUCAUAAGCAAUCAAAGGCAAAAACAAAGUCUAAAGAAAUGAAAGAAACAACCAAACUACUAAUUAGUAACAUCAGUGACAGAUAUAAACAAAAGAUUGAUGAUAAAGGCAAAUCUAGAGACUCAUCAGGUUAUAACAGAUCACAUUUACAUAAGUCCCAUUUCAGUGUCUAUAAGGAAAAAGUUCAGAACAGAAACCUGAAAACUGCUACUUUUCUUAAUGUAGCUGCAGGUCAUGUUGUGGAUGAUAUCUACAACUUCAACAUCAGUGGGCUUGAUGAGCCUACAAUAAAGCUUGGAACUAAAAACAAUCGAAACAGGAAGCAUCUCUUUAGUGACACAGAUACGGACUACAAAGGUGAUGACAGCAAGACAGACAUUAGUUGGCUGCAAGAAUCAAAUAGAAAAUCUAAACCACAGUUGGUUGAUUACAGUAGAAGUAAAAACUUAGGGAAAUCAAUGAGCACAGAAAAAAGUAAAUUCCCUGAACCUCCAUGCCAGGUUGAUUUGUCUAAAGCAGAAAAUAUGAAAAAGGUGACUACAGGGAAAUGUAAAAAGCAAAAUGACAAAACUAGUGAAAUGAUAGAACAAACUACCAGACCAAAGCGUCCUCGAAAAGCUGCAUUAGCAAAAAAUUACAAGGAACCUUCGAGUUCAGAGUCAGAGAGUGAAAAAUUGUCUUCACCAUGCACCACUAAGAGAGAGAAAUCAAAAGCACAGGAACAUAUAAAUGGGCAAAAGAAAAAUAAGAAUCAGCAGAAGGAACUACAGAAAAUUGUAUCAGUGGAGCCAAAGAAAAAAGUAGAAGUCUAUCCACAUAAAGCAUUUAUUAAAUCAAAUAAUUCCGUAAAUCCAACAGAAAUUGAAAUGCCUUCAUCUGAAAGUCCUACAUCACUUGAGGCAAUGAGAUGUGCUGAAAGAAUGUCAGAGGGUGAUUUUACACAAGACCAUCUAUCUAGUGAAAGAUCACCUGGGCUUCAAGAGUCCACACCAGAAAAAAUGGAAUCCUUGAACUUUGUGGAAGGAAUCUCUCCACGCAAUCUCUGUCCACAAAAAAAGAAUACUCAAGCUAUACAUCUAAAUCAGUCCCCUGGGGCUAUUGGUCAAAAGUUAACCCUUGGAAAUAAAAGUUUCUCAUCUGUUCUAAAUGCAGCAUCUUUGCUCAGCUUAACUCCAGUAAACACGUAUAAAGCUCUUGGGGGAAAACAUGCGGAGGGAUCAGUAUCUGAAACAUGUGAAGCUAAUGAAGAUUCAAGUCUUAAGCUGUGCUCUUCAGAGAAACUUCCUCUUGAAGAAAAACUACAAGAUAUCACUAAACCUAUCAUCAGAAGUAAAGUAGAUUCUUUGCCUCUAUCUCCGUUAUCAAAUUCCAGUGGAAGUAAAGUGCAGUCCUGGUGUGAAGAACCUUGUGGUCCCAUACAUGAGUCUGGUCCGACUGUAUGUACGUUUCUCAAACGAAGGUACCACAGUGAUACAGAAAGCAAUUCUGAUGAAGUAGAAGUAAAAAAACAGGAGGAAAAGAAAGGAAACAAAAUAAAGAUGCAGCCUAGAAAAUUAUUUAAACCAGAUGAUGAUACUGCUUACAGAGUGUCUAAGAGCAUAUCUACUCUAUCUGUAAAUGAUCUGCCUGUUUUGGAUGGAGAGACUUGGGAAUCUGGUUGUUCAACUAUCAAUAUAUGUCAGAAGCUCCAAGCAGAAUUCACUAGAAAAAUCCAGAGACGAUCAAGGAAAAUGGAUCAUUUUACUAAGCAAUCAUUAAGAGCUGCCCACCAGCAUUUGGCAACAAUGAGCUAUCAGCUUCAUGAAUGCAGGAUCAGGCAGCUGGACAAAUUUCAUUUUGCUAUCACUGAGGAGCUUGAGAAUUUUGAGAAAGACUCUCAGUCUUUGAAAAAUUUGGAAAAGGAAUUUUCGAACUUUUGGAAAAAACAUGCACAUACUUUUAUUACAUACAUGAAAAAUGAGCAGCAGAGAAUUCAGAUUCUUAAAACUUCAUUUGAAAAAAACAUCUACCAUGCUCUUGAUUAUGAGGAACAUAUUUUUACUUCUGAGAUGCAUCUGAUGAAAGAAGAUAUGAAAGGACUUCAAGAGAAGCUUCUUAAAGAAAUGCAAGAAGAGGAGCUCUUUAAUGUUCGCAGAGGACUGCAGACACUAUUUCUAUCAGAAGACAGAAAGUUCUAAUGUAAUGAUUUCAGAUACUUUCCUGAAGUUCAAGGUGAAU